GCGUUGAAAUUAUUUUUUUAAUCACCGAUUUGCUUCCGCGUGAUCCCCGGUUGCUUCCUUGCGGGAUUAGCGGAGCCGUCUUCUCCUGUUUUUCGACAGUUCCUUCGACAACAUGGCUCGUCUCCUCGCAUCGGCGUUCCGACUGGGAGUUUCACGUGCUUGCGUGCAACUUCCGAGCGACGCCGGCAUUUCCUCCAAGCGCCUGUUCCACGUCGCUCCGAGGCUCCUGGGUCCCGAAGUUCUUAAGCCUGCGCCGGCGUUCAAAGGUAAAGCCGUCGUAGACGGUCAGUUCAAGGACAUAUCUCUGGCCGAUUACAAAGGCAAAUACCUCGUGCUCUUCUUCUACCCGCUUGACUUCACCUUCGUGUGCCCGACGGAGAUCAUCGCGUUCAGCGAUCGCGCCGACGAGUUCCGCAAGAUCAACACCGAGCUGGUCGCCGUCUCCGUCGACUCGCACUUCUCCCACCUCGCCUGGACCAACACCCCCCGCAAGCAAGGCGGGCUGGGCAAGAUGAACAUUCCGCUGCUCUCGGACUUCAACAAGCAGAUUGCCCGGGACUACGGUGUGCUGUUGGAAGACGCCGGCCUGGCGCUCCGCGGGCUGUUUAUCAUCGACCCCAAGGGAGUCGUCCGACAGAUCACCGUCAACGACUUGCCCGUCGGAAGAUCGGUGGACGAAACGCUGAGGCUCGUCAAGGCGUUUCAGUUUGUGGAGAAGCACGGCGAAGUGUGCCCGGCCGGCUGGCAGCCGGACUCCCCCACGAUCAAGCCGGACCCGAAGAACUCGCAGGAGUACUUCAGCAAAGUCAACUGAGGCGCGCCAUACGUUGCCGGACAGACCGCUGGGACACCGCGGCGUGCUCUGCAUUUCCGGAGGACGUUCGCACUUGCGUGUAGACGUCAAUUUUUGCUGUGUUCCUUAGUCGAUUCGUAUUAAAUUUUGUACCCUGUU